UAACAUGUCGAUAGAAACAUCUUCCUAUCACAGUAUUGGUUCAUAUUGAGUUAGGGAGUUGUGUAGGUGUUGGGUAAACCAUGUCAGCCGACCAAGUGUUCCACGCGAGAUCCGAGGGUAUUCCCUCCGAGGGAGUGAAGGACCAGUACGCGGACGGCAAGGCGGCCAGGACCUGGAACAAGUUCAUCGGAGACAGCAACCAGAGAACCCAGAACUACAAGGACUUCUUAAUCGGACUGUUGAAAAAGAAUGGCUGCAAGACUGUGCUGGAUACCGCCUGCGGGACUGGGAUUGACUCUAUGAUGUUGGUGAACGAAGGCUUCAAGCUGGUGUCAGUGGACGCGUCAGACAAGAUGUUGAAACACGCCCUCAAGGCUCGCUGGGAGAAGAGAAAAGACUCCAAAUACGACGAAUGGAUCAUUGAAGAAGCGAACUGGGAGACUUUAUCACGUGACAUCGAGUCCUUCUUGCCGGGAACUCAGUUCGACGCCGUGAUCUGCCUCGGAAACUCAUUUGCCCAUCUUCUGGACGAGUAUGGAGACCAGAGAGUACAGAAGAUGUGCCUCAGGAACUUCGCCAAGUGUCUGAAACCCGGCGGUCUGUUGUUCAUUGACCACAGGAACUACGACGCCAUGAUUGACAGCGGAGCAACUCCCGGACACUCUAUUUAUUACAACUGCAGAUAUCCAGUAGACAUUAAGACCUCCGUGUUGGUAGUGGGCGGCAAGCCGCAACUGGUCGCACUGGACUACUGCAUAACAGAUGAAGCAAACAAGGAGACAAGUGAAUUCCGUCUCUGCUACUAUCCCCACAAACUGGCUAAGUUCACGGAAAUGUUGGACGAAGCGUUCGACAACAGUGCCAAACACCACAUUUAUGCCGACUUCAAGCCACUGAGUGAGGUCCCCGUACCCGGCUUUUACAUACACGUGUUAGAAAAAGCAAGAAACUGAUAAUACAAUUGUUAUUUUUAGCUAUCACGUACCUACAUUGGUCUCAAACGAAGUAAAAUAUUUUUGACAGACAGGGUUAAAGGACUUAAUGUGAGCUCAAGGUCCUAUAGACUAUGGUUUUGUGAGAUGUAGUAAUUUUACUAAUGUUUAGUAACUAAUGUGAACAGGAAAAUAGUAACAUUUUGUUUCGUUCUAUGCGGUCAAGUCAACCAUUCCUGUUUUGCUUGACGAGUCUUCUUUUGUCUUUGAAUAAAGGACCAAUUUUUUUACUUGACAAUUAUUGCCAAAGUAGAAAUAGGAGAUACAAGUAGGUAAUAGAAAA